UGCUGGGUGAUCUCCAGCUCAGAGAAGAAGAUCAGCUCGAGAGAAGUUAAGUGAGAGAAAGUUCCAGCCAUCCUUGUGUUUUCCCACCAGUUAGGUUUCAUUGUGCGUCCUUGUUGAUAUACCACACAGACACACACUGGUUGAAGCAAGUUGCCAGACCACUAAGUGCCCUAGCCCAUCCAUACUACAUACUGUCAUACUGUAGUAUGGAUCUGACUGUCAUCUGUGCCCUUACCAGUACACGGGAGCGAACACAUAAAGUAAGACCUAACCUAAAGAAUAUACAGUCCAUCAAGUCCUCGCUAACAUUGUGUUCUGUUCGAGCCGGAUAAAGGUGUUUACUCCAGGAUCAAGAUGCAGCAGGUGAAGCCUGGACCUGGUCUGAUCAUCCAAGGCACCAAGCCUCACCUUAUCCAAGUUAUACGAGCACAGGACACAUGGACAAGAAGAUGACCUUCAGCCUCGCAUGGAGGGAGCUGCCAAGAUGACACCCCUCACUCCACCCAGUCCCUUCCUCUCCAGCCAGGCCAGAUGAAACAACUCCAGAUGAGUUGGAGACCUUCAGAGAGUACAGGGCCAUUCUAAACCCUCAUCUGACCCACAAGAGCAGAAGGAUGAGCCACAGUAAGCAGAGUAAGGAGCAACAUAGAGAUCUGUCCUUGGUCUACAACAGUCCCUGGGAACACAGGAAGCCACCUACAGAGCACGAGCUAGCGAGAAAGUACAUUGAGCAAGAGAGGCCAGCUGCGGCAGUCCCAGCGAGCUAUGCAGGUCAGGCCCACUCAGCUACGUGAGAAACAAGAAGAGAUGGUACAGCUCGCCGAGACUCUCCUCUCCGUGCUGCCGCAGCUCACAUCCCAGUCUAUAGCUAGUCUCUCCCACUAAGCCAGCCCCUACAGAGCCCUCAUGCUGAGGUAUCCUUCCAGCAGAUAAAGUUCAGCUGACACCACCACGGCCUGCGUUAGAGCUGGUUGAGCAUACAAAGCAAUCAACCAACAAAGAAGAUACGACUUGUGAUGGACAGUAUGACAACAGUGAGUGGCCUGAACCCCCCCCCCCCCAACGUGGCCUCCAGCAUGUGAUGAGUCACUACUGCCAUGUCAUCAGUGACUCCAAGCCUAUAGUGCGGCUACCAAGAGCCUCCUCCAGCAGCUAUGAGUUCCCUCAGUCCCGGUGCUCACUCCACCUGUCAGGAGGCUACUCUUCCACCAGUCGUCCAGCUAAGAGAAAUACCUACCUGUCAGCUCCUAGACACUCCCAGUGUGGAGUAUCAGCCCCUUGAUGGUGCCAGGGUGUGUCUACCUGUCCCUGCCAUUGGUUCUCAGUUCACCCUCAGCAUGGGUAUCCAGCCUGUUCCUGACGAGGUGUUUCAGUCUGCCACCACGAAGGACCCAUCAGUCAACAGUAGUCUGCAGCCAGCCACUGUUCCAGAGUUGCCACCCGCUCCUGCUACAGAGCCGAAGUUAAUCAACGAGGUGGACUCUUUAGCUGCUCCAGCCACAGGGGCUCUGCCUACUGUGUCCUGGAGUCCAGACCAGCUACUGAAGAUGGGGCCCAGUCAGCCACCUUCCCCAGGGUUACUGCUGAUCCCUACAAAGCUAACCCAUUCUUCCCUCAGGUUCCUGUAUGCCACUGACUAUGGGGCCGAGCCUACUCCGUGCUCCAGCCUCCUGUCUGUUCUUGCUAUAGGAGCUCAGCCUACCCCUGUCAAGUCAGACUCACUGUCUGCCAGGCAUGAGGAGCAGCAUUCUCCAUCCAUGAGGGCCCAGCCUGUUUCCAUCAUCUGUUCCCAGCCUGAAUCCCAGUAUCUCUCCUACCAGCUGCAGCCCAGGGGCCACCACCUGGCUUUAGACUAAGAGUCAUCCCUGUUUCAGUUAGGGGGGCUUCGCCAGAAGCCAACGACAAGCCCCCACCUGCUCCUGAUGAGGAGUCCAAUUCAUCUCCAGCAACGUGCCCUCCACUUGGCCCUGGCUUCCAGACACCGGCUCCGUUGGGGAGUCCCCACCUGAUCUUGAGUGGGGGCCCACUACUGCUUCCUCCAAGGUAGAGAGGCAUUGUAACCCAAGUCACCCUACGAUUGACCGGUGUUAUAUUUAGCCCCACUCUCCCCUCGUGCUUAACCAUACUUCUGCUAAAAACCCUGGGUUUAAAAAGGCUCAGUUCGCUCAUAUUUAGGAGUUGAUAAAUAAAUAAAGCAGGAAUAGAAAGCUGGGAUUUCCCACUUUUUAACAAAAGCCAUUAAAACUGUUGUUUUUGCAAUUGCAAGAAUUGUUGUGCAUUCACUGCUUGUCAGAAUGCAUGUUUCCCUCCCUGUGGCACUUAUAACAUGAAUGUGCCAAGAGAGGAAUAUUUAUCUAGCAUGGAACACAACAACAAGCUGACUAGGUAAAUAGAUCAACUAUUAUACCAUGGGGUUGUUUGAUUUUUCUAUUAAUUACUUGUUUUGUUUGCAGAGGAAAAGUAGGUGUAGAAUGUUCUAGCAUCUUCAGUGCACCUCAGCAGAAAUAUUUUUUCAUGUUCCAUAUUGUUUUGGUUGCGUAGUGGCAAUGAUUUUGCCGUGGCGCACCCCCACAGCAAAAUGAGUACAGAGGAAACACUGGUCUGGUACAUAUAGGUACAUACAGUAGAUUGUGUGAGUGUGACCUGUUGCUGGCUGGGCUACAACCUGGUCUCAGAUAAUUUCAUAUUAUUCUGUAUGUAAAUCUGAAUCCCCCAUUUAGUAUAGACCCUUUUGCCAUACAUGACACACUGACAGAUGCGCGUGACUCUUGACGGCAGUAAGAAAGCCAUUGCCAUCUGCGCCCAUUCAUCAUAGCCUAGAUUAACAUUUUGAUUACUUCCAAACAAAACAACUUUUUGGGGUUCUCAUACACUUACAAUGAUGUUUUGAUUCUUGCUUGAAUAGUCACUAAGAUUACAUUUGGUUGUGAUCUUUGCAAAAUAACUAUUUUGGAUGCAACAGUUGUUAGCUAGAAUACUAACACACAUUGAUAUAGACUGUAGCAAAAGCUAGCCAAAGAGCCAUUUUACUGGUUGAAGUUUAAGUGUUUUUAAAAAAAGUAUAAUGCAGUUGAUUUGCGAUGACAAACAUAUUAAGACAUUUAUACAAGCCUUAAAAUCAAAUUAUAAACCAAAAGUAGUGUGAAAUGCACUCAUAAGCAACAUGUAAAUAGAGGCUUUAUUUUGCUGGUGUUCCAUAAAAACACCCCCCUUGCUCUGCCACCAACUUGCACACAUCACCCUUGUGCGGCAAUGUUUGCAAACAUAGAAAGGGUCUAUAUGGCACUGAGUAUCCCGGAUUUACAUUUACUCUGUUGCAUCAAGUCUAUGAGACCAGGCUGGUCAUUUGUGUAAAAAUAGCUGCACUAUUGUACUACACUGUUCCAAUAUGGGACCAGGGCAUUAGUUCAGCUCACAUGCCAUCAGAUUUGUACAGGGACUGCAUCACUGCAAGGGAUCCAGCCAGCCAGGGGUGAAGAGUUGAUGACUGUCAACCCAACUCUAAUUGGGGCUACUUCAGGCACGAAGCGAAAUAACUUCACAACUGCAAGAGGAAUCGUAAAUAAAUGGACACGUUUCCUUUAAGACUCCCCUCUCCCGGGUUGACAAUUGUAGCUGGUGUGACGUUUACCACAUCUCGUCGGCUAAGGAAAAUAUGCUGUUCUACGGUUUCUAAUCCGGAGAAUUUCAACCUGGUAAUGAAAUUGUAACCAAAGAGGACAGCUAUGAAUUCAUAAACUCAAUGGAAGUGUUCCGGUCAUUUCAACAUCCAUCCAAAAAGAACAACAAAAAGUCUCGACAGGAACGUCUGGGUUUUGACAGAGCUUUCGACCGAAGUAGCAAGUUUCCCUGACUGAACCGCGAGACAGUUUGUAGACCAACUGCAAGCCUACCCAUCUCGCCCUUUCCUGGCCAGGGCUAACCGCCACACAGUGACAGGACUGUCUGUAUCGACUGCUGCCCAGAUGCCCGGUGGAGGAUGCCUUCGCAACAGCUAGACAUGGAGGUGAUGACCCCCCUCAUCGAGAACCCUGGAGGAGGAGGAGGGCAGGAGGAGGAGAACUCUGAAGAGGACCAGGAUCCAGAGCUGCUACCUGUCAGACACUAUGAGCUGGGAAACAGCCACCAGGGCAUCACGUUUACUCAGGCUCUCAUCCACCUGCUGAAAGGGAACAUUGGAACUGGGUUGCUGGGUCUUCCCCUGGCAGUACGCAACGCAGGGGUCAUAGUGGGGCCUCUUUGCCUGGUGCUGAUGGGUGUGGUCUGUGUUCACUGUAUGCACAUCCUGGUCCACUGUAGCCACCACCUGUGUGAGAGGUUGAAGAGACCUCCCAUGGGGUACAGUGACACAGUGGCCUUCUCCAUGGAGCACAGCUCCUACCAGUGCUUCAGGAAGAGCGCCAGAUUUGGGAGGCACCUGGUCAACUUCUUCCUGGUGUUGACACAGCUGGGAUUCUGCAGUGCAUACUUUGUGUUCCUGGCAGAGAAUAUAAAACAGGUCGUUGAGGGAUACCAAGGUGUAAACAUCACCCUGGCAGAUGAAUCCCUGUCAUUUGCCAACACCUCCAUGGUGCCAGCCCCGGUCCCUCUACCCACCAUGGUGCCCUCUGAGCCCUGGGCACUGGACCUGCGUCUUUACAUGCUCUUCUUCCUGCCCUUCCUCAUCCUACUGGUGUUCAUGAAGGACCUGAAGAACAUGGCCGUCCUGUCGUUGCUGGCCAACGUCUGCAUGGCCGUCAGCGUCAUAAUCAUCUUCCAGUACAUCACGACGGAUUUUGGAGACCUUCAACGUCUCCCUCUCACUUCCCCAUUGGGCAAGUUCCCCUUCUUCUUCGGAACAGCCAUCUUUGCCUUCGAAGGCAUCGGAGUGGUUCUUCCUCUAGAGAACCAGAUGAAGGAACCGAAGCGGUUCCCCACGGCUCUGAACAUCGGGAUGGGUAUCACCAUCGUCCUCUACGUUGUCUUGGCAACGCUGGGCUACCUCCACUUUGGUGACGACAUCAAAGGAAGCAUAACCCUUAACCUUCCUCACAACGCAUGGACCAAUCAGAUGGUGAAGAUCCUGUACUCCUUCGGAGUGUUUGUCAGCUUUGCCAUCCAGUUCUUCGUCCCGGCGGAGAUCAUGAUUCCCCCGGUCCAAGCGAGGCUAAGGAAGAGUUGGAGGGCUCCCUGUGAGAUGAUCCUCAGAGGCCUGCUUGUCUGCCUCACCUUCUCCUUUGCUGUGCUGAUCCCUCGUCUAGACUUGGUCAUCUCCCUGGUGGGUGCCGUGUCCAGCAGUGCCCUGGCCCUGGUCUUCCCCCCUCUGGUGGAGCUCAUCACCUUCUCAGACCGACCGCUGAAGCCAGCCAUGUUGGUCAAGGACCUUGUCAUCGCUGUGGUGGGCUUCAUAGGGUUCCUGGCUGGGACCUACGUCACCCUGGCCGAGAUCGUCUCUCCAGAGGAGCCUCCAGAGGUCAUCAGGGAGGCAGCUCAGAACCUGACUGUUGCUGCUGCUACUACUGUGGCUGGGGCCUUGGGGAUGUCUGAGGAGCUCGGUGGGAACUGGACCACACCUACUGCUGCUGUGACCUUGGGAUGACCUUGGUUGACCUUAAAAUGACCUGUAGUCAUAGCUCCUAGGGCAGCAGGAGAUUACAUGACGAGCAGACAAUGUGUUCACUUACGGAUUGUUUUUCAUAUGGUUGCUGGAUCCUUGUUUUGUCAAAUCUAUAGAAAAUGAAAUGGACAGCAUAGUCCCUGACGACGAUCUGACAGGAAUGCUCGAGUGUCCUUCCGCACAGUGUAGUCGUUGGAACAUGAAAAAGUAGAACCAAACACACAGCAUAGAAACAUAGGAAAGACACUGUACUGUACACAGCCCUAACCACAUAGAACCCUUUCAUAUGGAUGUUAUGGACUGAAAGACAUAAGAACAACAUUGUGGCACACACACAAGCGUAAACAUCCCCAGCUAGCUUAUCCCACUCAUCACCAGCUUCAGCACAUUGCCCCGCAGUGAUCAGACUUCUCUCUCCAACUCCAGCAGAGCUAGUGUGACAUUUCCACUGCCUCGUCUCUAUCAGAGGGGAAAAUCUCAUCAAAAAACGAAAUCAUGAAUGUAUGAUGUCACAGGGAAACAACAGCCCUAUAUGCAGGUCCCACAGUCAUCAUCUGAAACCAGAUUCUCCUUCUUGUAUUGUUGGUGAUUCUAGACCCUCUGUGGUUUUUUAACCCUUGGGGAGUGGGGACUGUAGCCGCUAUCAAUUGUAAUGAUAAAUGUUCCCUCCAAGCUGCUCGCUCUCCCUUCGGGCUGCCGCGCAGAUGAAAUAUCAGCCCACGGAGUGAACUUCACUCAACUUUCUACAGUUUUCCUCUUUAGUUAACACCAUCAACGUUUCCCACUACUGUGGGAAUUUUGCUCGAAUCAACGCAAUAUUAGCCACUUUCAAUGUAACAUACCGAAACAAAACGAGCUAUGCAAGACUUAGUAUGCAAAGCUAACUGUGCAAGAGAUUCUCUUUUAGGCAGAGCGCAUUGGAAUAGGAUUCUAUAGCAUUUACAUGCAUAACUCAGACCCAUACGCUGCACAGACCGGUGCACCAUAACCAAUCAGAGCUGCAGAAGGCCUAUAUGCAAAUAGCCAUUGCCAUAUAUGGAUCUGUGCCAUUCAAUUUGAACUGGACAGCAUGAGCGGUAUUGAGUAGAUUCGUUUGUUUGGAGAUCAAAGCGAGAGCUGCAUGUAGCCACCUGUGCACAUUUGUUCAUAUUCUUUGCUAGUUAGCGAGUUAUUAGCAAAUUUUUUGUCAACAAUCAGGGAGUGGUUGCUUCCUACAUGAACACAAAAUGCAUUUCUAGUCAUCUUUGAAAAGCAAGUCAAGUAAAGAGCUUUUUUUUGUCUGAAAGGGGAAGUGUUGUAUUUUGAGACGGUUUUGAAUAAGCUAAAUAACCAAUAGGCAGAGGGUAGCAUCAUUUGUCUGAUUCUCUGUAAUAGUGGUAUGGGAAUAAUAAUUAAUUGUAUUUUGUAAAGUGGUUUCUUGCAUCAAACAACACAACAUUUUCAGUCACCCUGCAUGUUUUAAAAAAAGGUCUCAUGGAAUGAAGCCUACAUUGAACACCACUCAUUGGCUGCUACUGUAGACCGAAUGAUAAAACAGCUAUGUCCAUGUUAAAAUGUUAUGGGAUACAUUUUCUCCAUUGUUUUUGAUGGUAGCCCACUCUGGUAGACCUACAUAAUGAUCAAAUAGCCACAGUAGCCUACUUGGCCACUGUUAAAACUGUAACUUAAAGCGGGUACAGCCUCAGUGUUCACAGUAAACUCGCGCCGGAAAUUGCACAGAAUUUUCACAAUGUUCAAGUUUGCGCUCAGCAGACCUGAAAUUUGCUCAGUGUCGGAAGGGAACAUUGAUUGUGAUCGACAACAACCUUUGAAAAUCCGAUCGGCAGUUACGAUCCUCAAUUCUGGCUUCAACUUUGACUCAUCUGCCCUGGGCUCUUUGUGUACCUCCGACCCAAUCUUCUGGCUACCCAGGUGAAAACACAGGUGAAAACAAGGCAGGAGAGCCGCGGGCGUCCUGGUGAGACUAAGGCGAUGGGAAAACCGGCCUUGCAGCUUGUCUUCUCCUCUGGUUUAGUGUCUGUAGGAGCUAUACAGAUAGGAACACUAUCGAAAACCAAGACACUCGGAGCCUUGCCCCUUCAUUCCCUGACCCAUUUUCUUGACUUUUGGCCUUUGAACUGUCAUAAACUCAUAAACUCCCCAAGGUCGUGCUCUACAGACACGCAUGAAUAACAUUAAUAUACCCUUUUACAGGCACAUACAAUUUCUCAUAGACAAAUCAAUCAUGGCUCUUUGAUACGUAAAUGGACAAGUUUAGAUAACAUUAUAGAUGCCUGCUGUUGGCAACUGAGAUUUGUUUCUGGCUACCUGUCUACCGUGGCUAUAUUUAACCAGACCUUCCAGGCUGCUCCCUGUGGCAGUAUCUUCCAACACAGCAAUAUGAUGUAUAUUUAUUUAUAGAUAUAGGAGAAAAUAAUGUUUAACACUGAAAUGUCUGUCUGUUCAAUGAUGAUGCAGUUGAAUUCAGCAAUGUCAGGAAGGAAGCCUUAACUGAUGAGAGGGAACCCACUGGGGAAAAACUGCUUAAAUCAAUGUUGUUUCCAUGUCAUUUCAACAAAAAAAUUCUAUGUGAAUGUUGAUGUUGAACUGACAUCUGUGCCCAGUGGGAAGACUGUGAUUGGCUUCCUCUACGAGAUUGACAAUGAAAAGACCCACAUCAUUCCAUAUCCAUUGGUUUGUUAGUAUGUUUACCGCAGUGAUUGGUUGGUUCUGUCAGUGUGUCAUAUGAUCACUAUAUCCUCUAUUCCAUUUCACUGCCUCUCAACCGACCAUUCUACAUGAUCAUGUCCAAUGUCCAAUUUGUCCCUCAGGAUUUUCUACAGUCGUCUAUGGUAAUGAUAAUGUUCCAUCAGUUUAAUCAGUACUCAGUACAGGAGAGCACUGUCCGCACACUAGUGAAUUUAUGGUGCAAUAAAGUAACUACUACCUGGUAAUAACUCAAACUGCACUCCCUAUUACCGUCCGUCACAAAGUUCAACGACCUCUGUCUGACGCUGCUGCGUUAUAAAACCUUUAAUGCUCAAGUCUUCAUUGUCUCAUUUGUUGCUCUGCUGUUAAACCUAAGUGUUAGUGUCAGACGGUGUUAAACAAUGUCCCAGGGCUCCAAUAGUCUUUUCCACACAACGCCAACGUCACUCAAGACACGCUCAAUAACACCCGUGGUUUGUUCUGAGGGUGUCUUCUAGCGAGUUCGCCAAUUAAACCAAAAUAAUCCUAGCUGAUCGGUGAUGAUGGGCGUUAGAUGGUACGCUAACACUUCAAUCUAACUUCUAAAAGAGCAGCAUCCGCUCCUCUCACAGGUACAAUGUACCAAUAUGUAUUAAUGACUUGUUUUGCACAUUCAUCGUAUUUCGUUUUACAUGGAUGAGUUCCUCACUCCGCUGCUGUUCCCACCACCACUGCCGAAUCCCGCCUAGACAUUCUAAAAUGAUUUGCUUUGUUGUGCCUUAAAGACAUCAAUUUAUCCCUGUUCUGUUCGUGGAGAAACCUUUUCAGUUGGAGCAAAGCGGGGGGGCGACGAUGAUUCACGGAUGGGUCCCUCCAUUCGGGAACAAGACUCACAAAUAAAAGUCUCUCUCGCUGCAUGGAUUGAUAACCAAUGAGGAGUAGGAGAGUGAGAGUUGACAACAGACUACAGUUUUUACCACAUCUUCCAAAUACAUUUCUAUUAUGAAGUUUCCUUUUGACAAAAAUGUUUAAGUUGUGUACCUUUGAAACGGUCCUACAAAGUUAAGUUGUUUCCUUUUUUGACGUAUAACUUACAUUCCAGCUUGUAAAAGGAGUAUUGUUGAAGUAUUUAGAAGGUGGUGGUACCUAGGGUCUGUAAUAGGAUUAUAUUUAGGUGGGGAUCAUACUGGGAUCAUACUGGGGCGGCAGGUAGCCUGGUGGUUAGGAGAGGUUGCUGAAUCAAAUCCCCGAGCUGACAAGGUAAAAAUGUGUCACUCUGCCCCUGAGCAAGGCAGUUCACCCACAACAACAGUUGUUCUCCAGGCACCGAUGAUGUGGCUCUGAUUAAGGCAGCUCCCUCUCACCUCUGAUUAAGAGGGGUUGGGUUAAAUGCAGAAGACACAUUUUUGAAUGCAUUGUUGUACAACUGACUAGAUAUUCCCUUUACUUUGUAUCAUGUAAGGAUAUACACUGAGUAUACCGAACAUUAGGAACACCUUAAUAUUUCAUUUUUUUAACUUCUUUAACUUUUUAACAUCUACAUUGAUUUGAAGUGGAUUUAACAAGUGAUAUUAAUAAGGGAUCAUAGGUUUCACCUGGUCAGUCUGUCAUGGAUAGAGCAGGUGUUCCUAAUGUUUUGUACACUCAGUGUAUAUCAUGUACCACCUUUAUUAUGAAUUCAAUCAAUGUAACACAUGUUAUUAUGAUUGAAUAAAUGAACAUAGAUUUACUGAGGAAA